CGUUGUUGUGCUGGAUCUGCCUCUGGCCCGGGUGGACAGACCCAGCCGGACCCCGCGGGUCAGCUGCGAGAUCCCUGGCCCAGGACCCGCCAGCACCAUGAAGCCCUAUGUGACCUACAAGCAGCUGAACCCGCUGGACAAGCCGGAGGAGCAGCUGCCACCAGAGCAGGGGACCCUGCCUGCCCACAAGCGUGCCCGCUGGGCCGUGCUGGCUACCGUGCUGGCCGCCAUGCUCCUGGCCGCGCUGUUCACCUACCCCCUGGUCUUCCUGGCUGGCUCCACACCGUCGCGGCAAGACAGAGUCCGGCAGGCCCCCGGCGACGCGUGCACUGACCCUUGCCGGAUCACGCUGGUCGAGAGCAUCCCCGAGGGGCUGACAUACGGCAGUGCCGUGCCCUCCCACCCCUCCACCUUCCAGACCUGGCUGGAGCUGAUUGGGGGCGCACAGAGCAGCCUGGACAUCGCCUCCUUCUACUGGACCCUGACCAAUGCCGACACGCACACACGGGAGCCCUCGGCCCAGCAGGGUGAGCAGAUCCUGGCCGAGCUGACGCAGCUGCCCCAGCGCGGGGUGGCCGUGCGGGUGGCCGUCAGCACCCCCAAAGCCAAGCAGCCCUUGGAUGACCUGGAGGCGCUGGAGCGAAGUGGCGCCGCGGUGCGCAAGGUGGACCUGCCUCGGCUCACCAAGGGCGUGCUGCACACCAAGUUCUGGGUGGUCGACGGCGCACACAUCUACCUGGGCAGCGCCAACAUGGACUGGCGGUCGCUCACCCAGGUGAAGGAGCUGGGUGCAGCCGUCUACAACUGCAGCUGCUUGGCCCGGGACCUGGGCAAGGUGUUCGAGGCCUACUGGGCCUUGGGGGUGCCCGACGCCACCAUCCCGGAGCCGUGGCCCGACAGCUACUCCACCAUCUACAAUGUGGAGACGCCGCUGCAGCUGCAGCUCAACGGCACACCAGCUAGCGUCUACCUCUCCAGCUCGCCUCCGGCUCUGUGCGCCCGUGGCCGGACCGAGGACCUGCGGGCGCUGCUCACCGUCAUCGACACUGCCACGGACUUCGUGCACAUCGCCGUGAUGAGCUACCUGCCCACCAUGGAGUUCUCCCGGCCCAAGAGGUUUUGGCCAGCCAUCGACAACCACCUGCGCCGUGCCGCCUACGAGCGCGGUGUCAGCGUCCGGCUCCUGGUCAGCUGCUGGUCGCACUCAAAGCCGCCCAUGUUCCCCUUCCUCAAGUCCCUGGCGGCUCUGCAGGACAACAGGACGCGGUACAGCGUGGAGGUGCACGCUGUGCCCCUCGGGGGUCCCGGCGUCGGGGCAGGGGUGACAGCGGGUCCCCUCGUAGGCACGUCCAACUGGUCGGGCGACUACUUCGUGCAGACGGCCGGCUCGGCGCUGGUGCUGGACGAGACGGGCGCGGGGGCCACGGUGGGGGCGCAGCUGCAAGCCGUCUUCCAGCGCGACUGGGACUCGCCCUACAGUACUGACCUGGGCAGCCUCGCCCGCUGGGAGAGCCUGUGCCAGACCCACUAGGCA